ACGAAACUCUCUGAAUAUCUGAACGGAAGAAUGGAGCCGAUAACAAAGUGGACGCCGACUCAGGUUGUGGACUGGAUCAGAGGCCUGGACGACAGUCUCCAGCAGUACGUUCCUAACUUUGAGAGAGCGAAGAUCAGCGGAGAGCAGCUCCUGAAGAUUUCCCAUCAGGACCUGGAGGAGCUGACCAUGACCCGCGUCGGUCAUCAGGAGCUGAUCCUGGAGGCUGUGGAUCUGCUCUGCGCAUUGAACUGCGGCGUGGAGACCGAUAACUUGAAGACCCUGGUGGGUCAGAUGCGAGCAGCGUCCAACAACUUGCACAACUGUGCAUCGGAGCGCAGGAAAAACCCCACUUACGAUGGAGGAAGUCCAAACAAACCACCUAACGUGUUCCUGACCGCUGUGGUGGAGCUGAUAGGGGCUGCCAAGGGCAUGCUGGCCUGGCUUGACAGGACUCCCCUGACAGGAAUCAGUGAUUUCACCUCAACCAAAAACAAGAUCAUUCAGCUCUGCCUGGAACUGACCACAACUGUCCAGAAGGACUGCUCGGUGUUUGAAAUGGAGGAGAAGAUAUUAGAAGUGUCCCGUGUUUUGACCGGCAUUUGUGAUUCCACCAUGAGGAUGACCUCUGACCCCUUGAAGAGCCAAAUGACCUGUCUGGAGGAAAUCACCAUCACUAAUAUCAAAGCGGGCGAGGGACUGGGAAUGUAUAUCAAAUCCACUUACGAUGGGCUGCACGUCAUCACCGGAACCACAGAAAAUUCCCCAGCAGACAGAACUCAGAGGAUUCAUGCGGGCGAUGAGGUGAUACAAGUCAACAGACAAACAGUGGUGGGCUGGCACUUGAAGAAUCUGGUGGACAAGCUCAGAGAAGAUCCUCAGAUUGUGACACUGAUGUUGAAGAAAAGACCAACCGGAACCUGUGGCUUCACACCAGCACCGCUGAAGAACAUGCGCUGGAGGCCCCCUGUCGUCCAGAGCCCAUCGUAUGCGCCUGCCGCCCAGUCGUCCAGAGAUCCCGCGCAGAUCCAGCGUCCGGAGAAACCUGCGAUUUUAGAUCUCUAUAUUCCUCCUCCUCCUUCCAUGCCAUACAGCCCACGGAAGGCAGAGACGAGUGAGUACGCAGGAGUAAAGAUGAGGCCGAAAGGUUCAGAGUCCCCCAACUCAUCUCUGGAUUUAGCCAGUAGACGGCGUUCAAACAUCAGCGACUACAACAGCAAACCUAGCGUAAAGCCAGCGGAGGUCGUCCCACAAGCGCGGCUCAGACAGAGGACCCCAUCUAGAGGGAAGCCGCGUCCCAUGUCCAUGCCGGUAGACACUUGCCUAGGCGUGUCGGAGUCUCCCUCCAGACCCUGGGCCCUCGGACGGAAAGGGGGUGAGAUCCUGCACAGAUAUCUGAGUAACGAGCAGAUCCCCACCAUCUCAGAAGAGUCACCCUGUUACCCUCUGCCCUACCGGCCCACGGGAGAACGCCGGCUCGUCCGAGGGGUGGACCACAUCCGCGGCAGCCAGUGCUUCAUCAACGCAGACCUGCACACCAGCGCCACCAUACCCUACCAGGAGGCCCUGGCUCGGAAACCUGCGGCCAAAUCCUCCAAGAGAGCGCCCUCGGAGCCCUCGCUGUUCAGCAGCUGGAUCGCCCGACUCAAGCUGCUCACACACGGUCUCCCGCGGGUCAGGCUCGGCCUCCAGAGCUCUUCACGAACACGGGCUGAGAUGUCUGCGAGGGGGCUUUUCCGAGGAAUAAAACACCUCCAGGUCUUCACGUGCUGGCUACAGUUGGUAGAGGACAUCUUUGUGCUGUUCUCCUAUUUGAAGGCGGCAGAAGUGACUCGGAUGAGCCGGACACGGUCUUACCCUCUUGAAGACUUUGCUGCCGAGACGUCUCAAGGAGAUGGUGUGAUGAGCCGCAGGAGGGUCUCUGUGAAAGACCUGGGCCAGGGCGACUGUCAGGGCUGGUUGUACAAAAGGAAGGAUAGCAAAGGGCUCUUGGGCUGGAGGUGGAAGAAGUUUUGGUUUGUGCUCAAGAAAUGUUCGCUCUACUGGUACACAUCAGACAUGGCGGAGAAAGCGGAAGGCUACAUCAAACUGAGAGACUUCACCAUAGAACAGGCUACCGAAUGCAAAAAGAAGUUUGCAAUGAAAGCGAGCCACCUCCACGUACUGACGCUCUACUUUGCAGCUGAGAACAUGAAAGACAUGAACAAAUGGCUGGCUAAACUCACCCAGGCUUCAAAUGAACCUGAGCCCACAGACUCAACCGAUGGAGAGUGCUACAGUGAGGCGAGUGAUGAUGAGGAUGAAGCAGACUCAGCUGAGAUGUGUGCAGAGUACAUGGAUCAGCUGACUCCCGGCUCUCUGCGUGGCUGUCUCUCGCCUCCCCGCUCCUCUUCCUCUCCGUGUCAGGACUCGUUCCACGCAGACAGUGGGUCGUGGCAGGAGAUCAGCUCAGAGGAAGACCCCAUCCACAAAAUACAGGAAUUCAAAGGAAAUGACUGCCCCCCGUCUGAUGAGAUGGAAAUGCUGUAUCUUCACCUCAAGCAAGCGAGUCUGUCCCCAAUGGGAGCCCUGCAUCCGACCACCAAACAUGAUUUCAGGUCGUCCUUCAUCAGACGCUGCAAAGACGAGAGCAUUAAUGAGAAGCUGCACCUGAUUCGAGCUUUAAACAGCACUUUAAAGGCAAAGGAGGCCGAUCUGCAGGUCAUAGAGCAGGUCUUGAGCGAAGCGUCUCUGAGCGCUUGUAAAUACAGACAGUGGCGAGAUGUUAACGUGCUCCUGCUGCAGGAGAUCGGAGAGAAACACAAGAGGCCCGUGGAGCCGCAAGCCCAGGAGGCUCUGCUUCUGGUUCAGCCUCAGACGCUCCCGACAGUCUCCGUGCACACCGAGACCAGCCUGUGAAGACCUCAAACCCAAGGGAAGCUUCUCUGAAACACUUCAAACAGAUACUCCCAUAGCGGUGUUUUUCCUGAAGAUGAGCCUAAAUUGGUCAUCACUCAUUUCUGAAACGCGUGCAUUUUGCCUUUCGUAGUUCAGAAUAUCUGUAACAAUAUGAGAUGUCACGUGUUCACAUCGUUCAGUGUUUUGAUCAAAAGAGUGGCGGAGGAAAAAGUUCUGUAAACUUUACUCAUGAAUUUAUUACAACACUGUAUUGUAUAGUUUUUUUUUUUUAUGCAGUCUAUAUGAUUUUCUCCAAAACACACUCCUGCACAUGUCCUGUUUUUGUUACUAAUCACUCCAUUUUACACUCACUAGACACACAAAUCUAAUAUGGUCCUCUCUGCUAUUCAUCAUUUAGUUUGUAUUGAGUGUUUUUAGAAGGGGUGUCUAGUUUACCAGUUUUUAACAUUUGGUGUCUUUUUAGAUAUUUUAGCAUUUUGCUGGAAAUUUAAUGUCUCUGGUAUUGUACAUUUUUGUAUAAAUGUCUGAUUUAACUCCGUGUAAAUGUUUAUUUGGUUAUUUUUAAAGUAAUUCGUGCUGAAGGUGUUUCGAAGGAAAUAAAAAUGGCGGUUCAAUAGUU